UUGUAUCUAAAGACCAGGGCCGAACUAUCAAAGUACCUAUUUUUAACACUAGCAAUGAUAAUCUCAAGCCCCCAAGAUCUAAAUUUGUAGAUAUGAGAAGUAAUAGUGAUGAUACUUUUGCCAAAUUUAUCUACAAAGACAAAGUAUUGAAUGAAAUCAAAGAGUACAACACCAAAGAAUUAGCUACUGAAGAAGUUGGAUUGUAUAAUAACCCAUGGGUAGAAACUGAAAGUUCUGCUAUAUAUCUGACUACAAUAGAAAAAACACUGACCCAAAAUAAAAAACCUCCAGAGCAAACUAUCAAUAAGCUUCUCAAAGAAUUUGUUUAG